AUGGAUCAACCUCGACGCAUGGCGGCUUUGGGCUUACAAGAACGGGGAGCCGCUGCCCAGUCCCCCGAAGCAUGGGGUAUCACUACCGAAGAAGCCUGGGGCGGCACUCUGUCCCCCAAAAACAACGAAUCUUUGUCCGGGAAAGGAACCCCAGUGGCCGCCAAAGCGCAACAAUCUCUUACUUCUCGGAGCAAAGGGCCCUCUUCCACGGGCUCGGGGUUGGCUUCGUCGCGAUGGGCUCCUGGAGGGGCUUCUCACGGCCCUCCUUCCGAGGCUCCGUCCGAGACUCCAAAGGCUCCCCGCGGAGGCCUUGCCAAAUCCCUGUGGGCACCAGGCAACGUGCCGGCAGACUCUCAUAAUUCCGAGGACCAAAUCAUGGGCGGAGCUGAAUAA